AUGAAUUUAUCCUCAGUGGAGUCGUCAGAAAACGUCGAAGCUUCACUUGUACGUACCGUCGUUGUCGGACAAACGAUUCUCGUCAAUCCCCGGCGGCUACGCCGAAAUGAUCAGGUUAACGAGCUAGGCGCGUUUGUUGUGGCAACUAGCAUAACAACACUAUUCCAGUGGUCUACUCCUCAUGCUAUGCUAGCUACAUUGAAUAUGGAAAGUAAAGGAAGAACGAAAUGCGAUAUGCAUGGUCAAAGGUUAUCGGUGAAAAGUCAUAUAUUUACUUAACUCGCUAGACAGUCCUGUGAAACUUCAACAUCUCCUUACGACGAAUUACAGCUGUUAGUGUCGACAUAUACAGAGCGCUUGUACCUUCCUUGUACCUUUGUGAAUUUGAUUACGUCACUGUUUAUGCACUGCAUUAGGAAAUUGAAAUCGCUAUCUACCAAUGAACACUGUAUUCUUUACUGCGAUUACACUGAUAGGCAACAACGUGAUCCAAUCACUGAUAUAUUCGACGAAGUAGAAGAACAAAUCAAGAAAUAUGCUGGUCUACAAGCGAAUUGCUUAGGCGGUGGAAAAAUUGAGCACGAUCCCGACGAAAAGAUCAUCAGAGUUUAUGGAUCUUCGCAAGGUUAUGGCAAAGCAGAUCAUCAAGUGUCGAUUGAGUUAUUGAAGAAAAAAUAUCCUGACUACAAUAUCACGUGCGACGAUACAGUUACUAAUAAAAUAUAUACUGUAGUUAUUAAAGAGAUGAAAUAAUUCAAUUUUAUCUCGUUAAAAAUUUUUUAAAUUAUUUUAGUAUACUUAACCAUGUUUUCCCGAGCCGCAAAAUCAGUUGUAAAAUCCGUUGGAUCACGUCGAACCUGUAUUGGUGAAAAGAAUUUUGAGAUUGCUCUAAUUGGCGGCGCUAGAGAAAUCAGUCAAACUUUAUCUCAGUUAUUAAAAAAUAACGUGAAACUGAAUACCUUUGCAUUAUACGAUGUGGCAGCUGUCAACAGGCCUUUGCCUUUUUACAAUUUCUAUGAACAGCAAUUCAAUUCUAUUUCAUCAGAAAUGCCAACAAUGAGAAAGAAAUCCUGUUUGGAGGAAGGCAAUCGUUCAAAUGCAGUAAUUAACAGCAUGAGACAAACAGACAAUAAUAAUCAUGAAGGAAAUAAUGGAAGGAAUCAGACAGAGAAACUCGUGGAAGCUCUUUACCGUUUACCAAUAGCUGAAGAAGCUCCAGCACUUAAUAGUCCAUUGAUACCUAUUGAGGAAUUAAUAUCAAAGGCGGGCAAUGCAUGCAGCAGGAUGUGUCUUUAUGUCCUGGGUGAGACGAGUUCCAGCAACAUGAAAAUCUGGCAAAGAAAUUACGACACCGUUCCGAUUUGCAAGUGGUUCUUCGACUUGAUGUAUCCAUCGUCUCAGGAGUAUGAUCUGAAGUUCAUUCCAGAAGCGAAAAUCGCAAAGAUAGAUCGAUCGAUUAAGAAAAGAACGAAAAAAAUCGAAUAUUUAUCUUACAGUACAUUCGCAACAUAUGUUGCGAAAAAAAAUAAUCAAUUGUUGCUGACGUUUUUGUUAAAUCAUGGCGAAAAGCCGGCAAGAAGAUUGAUGAAGAAAUUUAGAAAUGUUAGUAUACUUCCAAAUAUAGAGGCACAUUGCAAAGGAGCAGAGAAAUCGACCGAUUGGUCGAUACCAGAAAUACUAUUGAAUACUAAAUUGAAGUUAUUACAUGAAUUCUACGCUCGCAUUAUAUUUCCUUUGUCUUCAUUAAAUUUUAUAAAUUACAAGCGUGAAAAUAAUCGCGAAGUAGAUUCAUUCAAUCAUGACAGCGAAACAAUGACGGACGAUACGUUAAAUGUCGUUGAACAGGAAAAUUGGAUUCGACGAACAUGUUCCAAAAUCAAAUCCAUACUCCCAGAUCUGCAGGCCAAAAUACGAUUUCAUUCGACAACACAUUCAGACUCGUAUUGUUCAGAAAAUAUUUUUGUAGUGAACCAAGUUCCGUUUUUCGACAUAAUUUCCAACAAUGCAAUUCUCUUUGCAAAGGAUUAUAAAGCUGAUAAACAGAAGGUUGGCAUUCGGAGGAAGAUACAGGAAUUUUGUAUGCAGCGGAAAAGAACUCUUAAGAAGAAUAUAGAGAAUAAUGAUUUUUGUAACAAAAAAGAGGAGUCGUGUGAAGAGAGGGAGAUAGAACACAAGUGUCAGAACAGAGAAAAGAGAAAAAUAAAAUGUACAGGCAAGAAACAAAAUGUACUUUCCUACAAAGGAAGAAAUAAUUCUUGUAAUAAAAAAUAUUCCCGCAAUUGGCGUAAAUCUUGCGAACCAAAGGCGGAGAUCCAAGAAGAUCCGUGUAAACCGAAAAAGGAUAUUCCUAGAAUAGAAAAAGAUCCUUGCCAUGAACAACCUCGUGAAAGAAAGGAGGAAAUCCAAGAAGACUUAUGUAAAAAGAAAAAAGAUGAUCCUUGUAAAAUAAAAGAAGAUCCUUGUAAAACAAAAGAAGAUCCUUGUAAAACAAAAGAAGAUCCUUGUAAAACAAAAGAAGAUUUUUAUAAAAUAAAAGAAGAUCCUUGUAAAACAAAAGAAGAUCCUUGCAGAAUUUCCAAUAUUUUCGAACAAGAACAAACUUAUUAUGAAUUGCAUGACAUAAGCCCAUGUAGGAAGAAGAAUGAUAUCAAGAAGAAAGAAGAAAUAAAAAAACCAGAGUGUCGACCUCCACAACCAGAAAAUUUGACUGUGAAGAUUUCAAAAUCCGAAAUAAUAGCAGAAAGAAGAGAGAGUUCAAGUUCAUUGAUGACAUCUGCGGUAAAAAUAACGGGAAGUGGAAAACCGAUCGAGUCCAAUCGGAUCCAAAUCAACAGAGAUUUUCUAUCGAUCAUCAAUUCAUGUCAACAGUUUACGGAAAUCAAUUUUGUUAAAGAUUUUCAGCAAGAUUUCAAUUCGACAGUCAAUCACAAGGAUUGUUCCGAUUUUUCUUUUCUACAUAAUCAUUUUGUCACUCAUCCUUGCUAUUGUAACAAUCAGUGUGAUGAGUUUGAGAAAUCGAAAUUAUUAUACGAUGCCAACGAUGAUUAUUUCCCUCAAGGUGAAGAAUACGAAGACGAGAUUGGUACAGACUAUCAACUAAAUAAAAAAAUAAAAAAACCUAGUGAAGAAUCGCCAAUUAUCGACGAGGAGUAUGACACAUACAAUUUUGACCCGAUGAUGCUGUUGUUUGAAAAUAACAAAUAUGUCAAUAGAGGUCCAUUAAUGAGGUUUAUCACACGUGUACAUUUUUCAAGUAUUGAAGAAUUAACAGAGCCUGAUCGAAUAAUGCUGAUGUCAGAAAAAGUUUCCAACAAGGACGCUGUCGAAAAAUUGCAAACUUUGAUCGAGAAAGUAGCAGAAUUCAAGCGUCGAGUUUUCCGAUUCAAACAUGAAGCAUCGAAAAUCGAGGAUACGACAGACGGAAGAAAAGAAAAAAAAAUCAAGGGAGGUGGGCCAAGAGCGCUGGUCGGGAUUACCGCGAGAUUAUUGAGAAAGUGCAGCAAAAUUCUUCACGAAUUAAUACGUAAAAACCAGCAGGCAGUUAGUGGCAGAGUACUGCGGCUAGAUGAGCCAGACUGUGGCGAAGAUUCGCCUGGUGAACCAAAAAAGAAUCCAUGCGAUCCACCCAAGGGCCCCUGUCAGCCCAUGGAACCACCGGGUUAUCCCUUCAAGCCAAAACCCAAAAAAAAGCCAUUCUGCGUUCAUUGCCCACCCAAGAAACCAUGCAAGAAAGAGCAUGGCUUUCUUCACUGGCGAGGAUUUCACAGUUCUUUGUUUCUACUUGCUAAAUCAGAUUCUAGUAAGCCUUCCGCUGGCAAGAAAAUGGAUAAAAUCUGUAAAUCUACCGAGAAAGCUGAUGAGCAUGGCAAAUCUUGCAAGGAAAAGAGCGACGUUUGUCACCAAGAAAAGAACGAUAAGCAAGUCAAGUGCGAUAAGCAAAACGAGAAGACGAAACCAAAGAUAGAGAAAAAGAUCGUGGAUUCCGAGUGUAGGAAGACUUGUCUGCCACUAGGUAAGUGCGAACUGCCUCAAACUUUUCCACCACCGAAGAUGGAGUAUGCAAAGGUAACGUGCGCACCGCCGAAGUUUAUGAAGCCUAAAGCGUGUCCAAGUAUGGAAGUCUUCCAGAAAGAUGAUAAAUUUGAUAUAAAGAUUAAACUGAAUAACAUCAAAAAGAAGCAAAUUUGUGUUCCACUUCCAUUGCCGAAGCCACCGAACGCACCUAUCGUACUUUGUCCUUGUCCACCACCACCCAAAAUACAUCCUGGCCCUUGUCCGUGCUAUGAGAUGAAAAUCUUAAAAAAGCGACCCUCGACACACCCGUGUCUGUUGAAGAAGAAAUAUUCCUACCCCUGUCCCACUGGCAUACACUAUUGUCUUCCAAAGAAGCCAAGCAAUCUACAAGCAAAACGAGAAACUGUAGGUUGCGAAGAAAAUAAGAAGAAAAAGAAUACGUCGGCAUCUUGA